AUGCUUGACGAGCAAGACAUGUUGAGCAAACGAUGGCAGUAUAUCAAGGAGGCGAAUCGCCAGGAAAUGACACGAAAGAACGCGACUGGACACGACACGACAAGAUAUGAUAACAUGUCGGACGGUGCGACAGAGGCCAUGCCGAAGACUGCAGCACUGAUACAGAUGGAUGCAGCGUCCAAAACCAGGCGGUGGGCGGCGAGUAAUGACGCGGGCAUCUCGGUGUCAUGA